GAUGUGGGGCUCGGCCUUGGCGCUCUGGACCGCCGUCGGCAUGAUGUGCCUGCAGAAGGGCCGCCCAGCUCCGGGGCCCGUGCUGGGAGCCGCCUGCCUUAUCUCCGUGGCUUUCGGACUGGGACACAGCAGUGAAGAGAACAGAUGUACCAGCUCGAAUGCAGCAACAUGUACCAAGUGCCUGGGGCUGGGUCCAGAGUGUGGAUGGUGUGCCCAAGAGGAUUUCAUGGCUGGAGCAGCAGCGAGUGAACGUUGUGACAUUGUUUCCAACUUAGUAAGCAAAGGCUGCUUGUCCGAUUUUAUAGAAUCCCCUUCGGUUGCUGUGACGAUACCCACGGGAGGUGAAGUGAAUACUCAAGUCAGCCCUGGGGAGGUGCUCAUCCAGCUGCGACCAGGAGCUGAAGCUAGUUUUAUGCUGAAAAUCCACCCCCUACAGAAAUACCCUGUGGAUCUUUAUUAUCUCGUUGAUGUCUCAGCCUCCAUGCACAAUAAUAUCGAAAAACUAAACUCGGUUGGAAAUGACUUAUCUCAGAAAAUGGCACCUUUUUCCCACGACUUUCGACUUGGAUUUGGAUCCUACGUUGAUAAAACAGUGUCUCCCUAUAUUAGCAUCCACCCUGGCAGAAUCCACAACCAGUGCAGCGAUUACAAUUUAGAUUGCAUGCCACCUCAUGGCUACAUUCACGUGCUGUCUCUGACAGAGAACAUCACGGAAUUCGAGCGAGCGGUUGUCAGACAGAAAAUCUCAGGGAAUAUCGAUACACCCGAAGGCGGUUUUGACGCCAUGCUCCAAGCGGCAGUUUGCCAGAGUCAUAUUGGUUGGCGCAAGGAAGCUAAAAGAUUGCUUCUUGUGAUGACAGAUCAGACUUCUCACCUUGCCCUUGACAGCAAACUUGCAGGGAUCGUGGUACCGAAUGACGGAAAAUGCCACCUAAAAGACAACGUCUACGUGAAGUCCACAACCAUGGAGCAUCCCUCACUGGGUCAACUUGCAGAAAAAUUAAUAGACAACAAUAUUAAUGUUAUUUUUGCAGUCCAAGGAAAACAGUUUCAUUGGUACAAGGAUCUCCUGCCCCUCUUACCUGGCACUGUGGCUGGCCAAAUUGAAUCAAAAGCAGCAAACCUCAACAACUUGGUGGUAGAUGCCUAUCAGAAACUGAUUUCCGAAGUGAGAGUUCAGGUGGAGAAUCAGAUACAAGGAGUCCAUUUUACCAUCACAGCCAUCUGUCCUGAUGGGAGCAGACAUACAGGGAUGGAAGGAUGCAGAAAUGUGACCAGCAGCGAUGAAGUUCUUUUUAAUAUCACUGUGACCAUGGACAGAUGUGAUAGAGCUGGUGGGAGAGAUUAUGCCAUCAUCAAGCCUAUUGGUUUCAACGAAAGUACCAAAGUCCACAUCUAUAGGAACUGUAGCUGCCAAUGUGAUGAUGGUAGAAGCCCCAAACAGAAAUGUGUAGAUGAAAGUCUCUUAGAGCCUACUUGCCCCCAGUGUGAUGGUGACAAGUGCCAAUCUGAUGAAGACAAAUCUCCUCUAGACAGUUGCAAGGCACAAAAAAACCAGCCCAUUUGCAGUGGUCAAGGUGUCUGCAUAUGUGGGAAAUGUUUCUGUCACAAAACUAAACUUGGAAAAGUAUAUGGAAAAUACUGUGAAAUGGAUGACUUUUCCUGCCCGUAUCACCAUGGAAACCUGUGUGCUGGGCAUGGGGAAUGUGAAGGAGGUCGAUGCAAGUGCUUCCACGGUUGGGAAGGAGACCGUUGCCAAUGUCCAUCCUCCUCUGCCCAACAUUGUGUCAAUUCCAAGGGCCAGGUGUGCAGUGGGAGAGGGGCUUGUGUGUGUGGGAAGUGCGAAUGCACCGAUCCUCGGAUUGUUGGCCGUUUCUGUGAAUAUUGCCCCACCUGUGAUACAGCCUGUGAUGAAAACCGGAAUUGUGUCCAAUGCUACCAUCCUCACAAUUUAUCUCAAGCUAUACUUGAUCAAUGCAGAGGCUCGUGUCCUCCAAGAGCCCAUUAUAUUGGCCAAAUAGAAGAAUGUUUCUCUAGCCCAAGCCACUUUCGGAUAUUUUUCAUCAUCUUCAUCAUCACAUUCCUUAUUGGCUUAUUGAAGGUUCUCAUCAUCAGACAGAUCAUCCUCCAAAGGACCAGAAAUAAAGUGAAAUCUGCCACUUACAGAGUGUCCACAUCAAAGAAGGAUAAGAUGUUUCUGCCUGCAGUUUGCACGCACACGGUCACAUAUCGCCGUGAUAAACCCGACGAGAUAAACAUCGACAUCAGUAAAUUGCACCCUCAUGAAACUUUUAAGUGCAACUUCUAAAGGAAUGGGGGCUCCAUUAGAAACCUUCUCCAUGACCACCUCCUAAAAAGAAGUCUUCACAUUGAAAAGUCACAGGAGAUGCCCAAACGUUCUUCAGUCACACCGUUAGCGGCAGAAAGUUCUGCUAGAGACUGCUGUGCUUCCAUAUUGUGACGUGGCCGUUGGAUGUGAUAGCUGCUGAUUUUUUUUGAAAGAGAAAUGUGGCUUACUACUGUUCGAGACUAGUGUUGUCGUAGCACUUUAAUGUAAUAUAUAACUUAUUUAGUUACAGCAUAGAAUGUAGAUCUGAACAGCACUGAUCUCACUUUACAGGUAGCUAACCUCCAUCCCUUUUCCCUGCUGGAAAGGACAGUGUUGUGAGAUGACUCUGGCGUCACUGUAUACUACAAGGGUACACAGUCCUUUCUCGGGUUAUAUUCAUUCAUCACCAAAUUUCCAAAUGAAAAUUUUCAUUUUAAUUCAAUUUACCAGGUGUUUACACUUUUUUAUACAUAUUUGAACUUCGAAUAGAAUGUAAACUCCUUGAGGGCCAGCACUACUUUAAGUUUUUUGUUUUUUUUUUUUUUUUUUUCUGGAUCCCAAUGCCACAGCCCGGCAUUUGGUAAGAAUGCUUGUGAGUUGGACCGAAUUGAAGUGAACAGUGGAAACAUCCAGAUUGAAAUGUUUACUCUAUAUCUUGAUAUUUGGGUGAUAGGUGAUGGUAGAUAAUUGGUGGUAGGUCAGUGUAACCUUCAUCUCAUAGUAAGUGAUUUUGCUUUCUAAACUCUAGGAUGGGUGUUGUUGCUGUGUUAUUGUUUACUGUUGCUUGUUUGUUUAUCUAAAUGUCUUUUGUUUGGGGGGGUUGUUGUUGUUGUUUUUAACAAACUCUAAUUCCAGAGGUUUCUCCUCGUUUUUUUUUUUUGAUCUUUUCAUCUUGAUGCAUGUCACAAAUUACUGGAUCAAGGACGUGCUUAGCUACUGCCACUGGGAAAACCAAGGAUAUUGAGUGUCAAUUUCAUAGUCUUUUUCUUGUUGGGAAUAACUAAAUGGUAGAUUAAAAGACCCAGGAUAGAAGUUGCUGUUUACUAUGGGAUGCCAUCCCUUCAUUUCCCAUUGCUUUGGGGUAUGGGAUUUUCUUCCCUAAUCAAUUAGACUUUCCUUUGCCCUGCAGGUGAAAUUGAACCUCAACAGUUUACCUGAAAAUUCUUCUUCAGGCAAAGUAGCCAGUGACUGCAUCUUUUAAAAAAUUUACUUAAGAAAACCAUAUGUCAACUUUUGCCAUAUAAACUGGAUUUUAAUAUUUUUCCCAUCAGUGUGCUAAACUACCCAGAGAACUGAUACGUUCCCUGUUGUUGAAAUAGGAUCUGAGCUUCCGUUUCUUAAGAGAGAUUCUUUAAAAAGCCCAUACGAUAUUAGAGAUUCUGUAGUUGGACUUUCUCUUCCUCUUCUAUAUUUUGCUGUUAGAAAUUGGAAGAACCAAAGAGAUUAUAUGAUUUAAAUCAUAA